AUGAUUCUCUGUCAUCUUGCACUGUCCACCUUUCUCUUCAACCUGGUAGCAUCUUCUCAAAGCUCGACGGUAAACCUUGGUUACGCGCGAUAUCAAGGCCAGGCGUUACCGGAUGGCAUCACUCAGUGGCUGGGGAUACGCUAUGCUGCCGCACCUGUAGGGCCCCUGCGGUUCUCUGCGCCGCAGGAUCCCGAGACGGUAGAGGGUGUCCAGGAUGCAUCACAGCACGGGCCCCUGUGUAUCCCCACGGGCGAAUAUCCGGCUCCUGCUGGCACAUCUGAAGAUUGUCUUUUUCUCGAUCUAUACGUCCCUAGCGCAGCGAGAAACGCUACCAAGCUGCCCGUUUUUGUUUGGAUUCAAGGAGGCGGCUUCAAUCAAAAUUCAAGCCCCAACUACAAUGGAACAGGUCUAAUCAAAGCAUCUGAAAUGGCCAUCCUUGUGGUUACCUUCAACUACCGAGUAGGCCCUUACGGUUUUCUGUCCGGGGCGGAGGUGUCAAAGGGUGGAAGCGUGAAUAAUGGCCUGAAGGAUCAGAUCAAGGUUCUAAAAUGGGUGAAGACACAUAUCAGCAAGUUCGGAGGGGAUCCCAAUCAUGUUGUCAUCGGCGGCGAUAGCGCCGGUGCGGCCUCUAUUACACUUCUUCUUUCAGCCUACGGAGGCGAGGAUCAAGGUCUCUUCCAUGCUGCUGCUGCAGAGUCGCAAAGCUUCGGUCCCGUGUGGACCAUCGACCAAAGCCAGUUUGCCUAUAAUAACCUCGUUAUCCGCACCGGUUGCGCAAGUGACCCAGACACGCUUGCAUGCUUGCGCAGCCUGGAUACAGCGAGCAUACAGCGCGUAAACAUCAAUACGCCCUUACCUAGCGCUCAAACGCCGCCUCUGUACAUGUAUGGACCUGUAGUGGAUGGAGACCUUGUCCCCGACUACACGUAUCGACUAUUCCAGCAGGGAAAAUUCAUCAAGGUUCCUGUUAUUUUUGGAGACGACACAGACGAAGGCACCAUCUUCGUUCCCAAAAACACGUCCACUGUCGGGGAAGCCGAUACUUUCAUCCAGAGUCAAUUCCCUAAUAUUAGGUUUGAUCACCUGGCGAAGUUGAAUCACUGGUACCUCUCAGAAAACCAGACUCGCCAAUUUCCCGAUUCAAAACCGUACUGGAGACCCACGAGCAACGCAUACGGUGAGAUCCGGUAUAUCUGUCCAGGAAUCUACUUGUCAUCUGUAUUCGCCUCGGCCGGAGUGAAUAGUUGGAACUACCACUACGCCGUUGAAGACCCAGCUGCGGAAGCGUCUGGUGAAGGGGUUAGCCAUACGGUGGAAGAAAAUGCAAUUUGGGGACCGCAGUACGUGAGCGGGACCCCUCCUGCAUCGUACUUUACCUCGAAUGCCCCCAUUGUGCCGGUGAUGCAGGGCUACUGGACCAGCUUCAUCAAAUUCUUCGAUCCCAAUCCGCAUCGUUACCUCGGUAGCCCUGAGUGGAAGACAUGGGGUGACGGAAAGGACUACCGUCGCAUUUUCAUCCAAACCAACAAUACCGCAAUGGAGACGGUGCCGAUGGCACAGAGGGAGCGAUGCGAUUACUGGACAAGCAUAGGCACGGAUCUUUCGCAGUAA